GAGAACAAACUUCCAAAGGACUUAUUGUUGUUAGUUGUUUCCAGACCUAUCCUCUCUACUAGAUUAAAAGCUUUUGGAAGAAAACACAGACCUACUAGAGCAUGGACUUGAGGAUAUGGGGGGGCAAGGUUUUAUCCAAGUAUGAAAACCAGAUUACUAUUUUCGCUGACUACCUAGAAGAAUUUCCAGAUACAGAUGAGCUGGUAUGGAUCUUGGGGAAACAGCAUCUUCUUAAAACCGAAAAAUCUAAGCUGUUGUCUGAUAUAAGUGCUCGUCUAUGGUUUACAUACAGAAGGAAAUUUUCACCAAUUGGGGGAACGGGCCCUUCGUCAGACGCCGGCUGGGGAUGUAUGCUACGCUGUGGACAGAUGAUGCUGGCUCAAGCCCUUAUCUGCAGACACUUGGGCAGGGACUGGAACUGGGCGAAACAGAAAGAACAACCCAAAGAAUACCAACGAAUCCUACAGUGCUUCCUAGAUAGAAAAGACUGUUGCUACUCUAUCCAUCAAAUGGCACAGAUGGGUGUAGGAGAAGGGAAAUCAAUUGGCGAAUGGUUUGGACCAAAUACAGUUGCACAGGUGUUAAAAAAACUUGCUUUAUUUGAUGAAUGGAAUUCCUUGGCUGUUUAUGUUUCAAUGGAUAACACCGUGGUUAUUGAAGAUAUCAAAAAAAUGUGCCACACCCUCCCCUUGAGUGCCGAAACAGCUGCUGAGAGCCCCCCUGAGUGUCUGAAUGAUUCGACCCAGAGUAAGGGCCCCUCUGCCUGCUCUCCAGCCUGGAAACCCUUGCUGCUUAUUGUGCCCCUCCGCCUGGGCAUAAACCAAAUCAAUCCUGUCUAUGUCGACGCCUUCAAAGAGUGUUUUAAGAUGCCACAGUCUUUAGGGGCAUUAGGAGGAAAACCAAAUAACGCCUAUUAUUUCAUAGGAUUCUUAGGCGAUGAGCUCAUUUUCCUGGACCCUCACACAACCCAGACCUUUGUUGACACUGAGAACGGAACGGUUGACGACCAGACUUUCCACUGUCUGCAACCUCCGCAGCGAAUGAACAUCCUGAACUUGGAUCCUUCCGUAGCAUUGGGAUUUUUCUGCAAAGAAGAAAAAGACUUUGAUAGCUGGUGUAGCCUUGUUCAGAAGGAAAUUCUAAAGGAAAAUUUAAGGAUGUUUGAAUUAGUUCAGAAACAUCCAUCACACUGGCCUCCCUUUGUUCCUCCAGCCAAGCCAGAAGUGACAACCACUGGGGCAGAAUUCAUCGACUCUACUGAGCAACUAGAGGAGUUUGACCUGGAGGAAGAUUUCGAGAUUCUGAGCAUAUAGAAUAGUGGGAACUCACCUUGGAGAUCUGUCUUCCAUCUGGCACCAGAAGAACAUGAACUCAUCACAUAAAACUCUUCUAGUCAGCAAGUGCCUGAUAUGCCAGCAGCAUACAAACUUGAUAGCAAUCAUGACUGAGCCAAUCACCUUUUCUCAGAAAAAAACAAACAAGUGAACAAUAUACCCCUUCCCCAGAAAGAACUAAAACAAUCAUGGAAUCUAGGAGCAGAAAGAUUAGGAGUCGUCUCUUGAACUUCCCAGCUUCUUAGGUGGCCACAGCGAAUCUUCAGCUACUGAAAUGAGGAGGUGGAUGUCUGGAAGAUAGACAGCAACUCCCACCUUGCUUCCAGCACCAGCAGAUGAGAGAUGGUUACCCUGUGCUUCUUCACCCUUUCAGGUUUGACCUCUCUGGGCUAAAUACUAAGAAGCAAUCUGUUCUCUUGCUCUAAUAAUAAAGUGAUAAUCAUUGUAUCAGGGAAAAAAAGUUCUUGUUAAAUUAUUUGAAUAUGUAUUUAUAUAAUUAUAAUUGAUCUCAAAAAGUGUGUCAAAGACAUUACAUCAAAUGAAUACUUAUUGAUCUCCUUCCUGUUUGAGAGAACCUUAACUAUUUGAUGGGUCACUGUCCCCAUAUUUACUGAUACUUUUGUCAGAUGGUCACCCUGUCCUUAAAUCAUUAUCACUUAAAUCAGGGGUCUGCAAACUUUUUCUGUCAAUGGCCAGAUAGGAAAUGUUUUAGGCUCUGAAGACCACAAAGUGUCUGUCACAGCUACUCAUCUCUGCUGGUGAAACCCCAAGACGGCCAUAGACAAUGUGCAUGCACAUGAGCCUGGCCGUAACCCAAUAAAACCUUACUUACAAAAACAGGCAGAGGGCUGGAUUUAGCCCACAGGCUCUAGUUUGCUAAUCACUGACUUAAAUUGUUG